UGUAGUUCUGCACUGGCCUGUUGGUCUGGCAACAAACUGGGACUGCUGGUGUCUUGAUGGGAUUCUGGCCGGUUUCCUCCUUUCUAAAAGAUCUGAGUCUCUCCUGCUUCUAUGCUGUGGUUGAUAAUUUAUACACCUUUACUUUUUGAUUGCCAAGACCUCCUUUUAGGGAAGUGGGAAUCUGACUGUGGAACGUUGGAAAAGAGUUUUUCCAUUGGCUGGUCAAGGAGGAGGCAGAAUGUCUGUACUGUUACAUCAGAGUUCAACUUUCAGAAGACUUAGGUUAAGCAGUAUCACCCACUGCAGAUGAGCAUGCCUCUGUCUGGCGUCUGAUCAUCACAAACUAAUGAAACACACUUUAGGUCGUAUGGAUAAGGAUUCUGCUGUUCUUCAGAUGCCCUUGCAGCUGGGACAGGGCCUGUGAAAUGGAACCAAACUCUCUGAGGACUAAAGUUCCAGCUUUCUUAUCUGACCUGGGGAAGGCCACAUUGAGGGGAAUCAGAAAGUGUCCUCGAUGUGGCACAUACAAUGGAACCCGUGGGCUGAGCUGUAAGAACAAGACGUGUGGAACUAUAUUUCGCUAUGGUUCCCGGAAACAGCCUAGUGUUGAAGCAGUCAAAAUCAUCACAGGCUCCGAUCUGCAGGUGUACUCUGUGAGGCAAAGAGACCGAGGCCCUGAUUACCGAUGCUUUGUGGAACUAGGUGUUUCAGAGACCACAAUCCAGACAGUGGAUGGGACAAUCAUUACUCAGUUGAGUUCUGGACGAUGUUAUGUACCCUCGUGCCUAAAAGCUGCCACCCAAGGUGUUGUGGAAAACCAAUGCCAGCACAUCAAGCUGGCAGUAAACUGCCAGGCAGAGGCUACCCCUCUGACCCUGAAGAGUUCAGUCCUGAAUGCCAUACAGGCCUCUCCAGAAACCAAACAGACUAUCUGGCAGUUGGCCACAGAACCUACUGGUCCCCUGGUACAAAGGAUUACUAAAAACAUCUUGGUGGUAAAAUGCAAGGCCAGCCAGAAGCACAGCUUGGGGUAUUUACAUACAUCUUUUGUACAGAAAAUCAGCACCAAAAGCUUGCCAGAACGACGCUUCUUCUGCUCUUGCCAGACUCUGAAAUCGCACAAGUCUAACAACCUCAAGGCUGAGGCAGCCUCAAGAUGCAUUCACUUCUUUGCUUGCCUCUGUGCCUUUGCCAGUGAUGAGACAUUGGCUCAGGAAUUCUCAGACUUCCUAAAUUUUGAUGCCAAUGGUCUAAAAGAGAUUAUUGUGCCCCAUGUAGGUUACCAUUCAGAAUCAACUCUGUCAACUUGUGAGUCUACUGCCUCUAAACCAAGGAAGAGAAAAAAGGAGGAAGUACCUGGUGCACAGAUGAACAGUAUAUUAAUGCCUCAAGAAACCAUAAACAGCAAUGUAAGGAAGAGUGGCCUGAAAAAACCUGUGGUUGCAUCUUCAUUCAAAAGGCAGGUUUGCAGUCAGCUCUUAGAAGAGGCACAAGUGACCUUGUCCUUCCAAGACUGGCUGGCCAGUGUCACAGAGCGUAUCCAUCAGACCAUGCACUAUCAGUUUGAUGGCAAACCAGAGCCACUGGUGUUCCACAUUCCUCAGUCCUUUUUUGAUGCCCUGCAGCAGAGAAUAUCCAUAGGAAGUGCAAAAAAACGGCUUCCCAACUCCACCACAGCCUUUGUUCGAAAAGAUGCCCUGCCACUGGGAACCUUUUCCAAGUAUACCUGGCAUAUCACUAAUAUUCUGCAAGUUAAACAACUUUUAGAUACUCCAGAGAUGCCCUUGGAAAUUACCCGCAGCUUCAUCCAGAACCGGGAUGGGACUUAUGAGCUAUUUAAAUGCCCUAAAGUAGAAGUAGAGAGCAUAGCAGAAACCUACGGUCGUGUUGAAAAGCAGCCAGUGCUGAGACCCUUGGAACUGAAAACUUUCCUCAAAGUUGGAGGUAACACUUCCCCAGAUCAGAAGGAGCCAACACCUUUCAUCAUUGAGUGGAUCCCAGAUAUCCUCCCUCAAUCCAAGAUUGGUGAGCUGCGGAUCAAGUUCGAAUAUGGUCAUCACCGGAAUGGGCAUUCAUCUGACUACCAAGAUAGUCAGCCACCCCUGGAGCAGCCCUUGGAACUGGCCCCCCUGGCCACUAUCAGUUUCCCCUAAGGCAAAGUGACAGUUUGCUGCUGAGUUUGCACAUCCUUAUCCUUACCACUGUAAGUUCUGUUUAGGCACUAAGUGAGGACGCACUUUCUCACAACAUUUGUGUGUGUUCUGGGGAAGAAACUCUUCCUAUAAAUAGCCUAGUGGAUGCGGUUGUGUGCACUCUUUAUUAGAAGUCAGGCAGUAUUUCUGUCUGGAGUUUUAGAUGGAACGACACCCAGAUCACUUCCCUCCUCCAUAGACUUAACUGAGGGGUGAGUUUUCUGUAAUUCUCCUAGGAAGUUGGCAGCAGUGGACCUUAAGCUGGAAAGUGAAUAAUAUCCUAGGUGAGGCAGAAUGUAAAGCAUCUUCCCAACAAGCUCCAGUCAUGCUCUUUGUUAUGUUCUCAAUAAAUCAGUGUCACUAGUUUUUCCAAA